CGGUUUUCUAUAGUCUUGCAAAGGGAUACAUCUAGCGGCUCAUAAUUGCUUAUUUAUACCACCAGAACAGUUUAAUAUAUAUCUGAUUCGUUUAUGAAGGCAGACAUAUACAUAUAAAGGCAUCGAUAAUGUUUUUUUAUGUGGCUGCGUUGUGUGUCGUGACUGGUCUCAAUUUUAUUUGAAAGAACCGCGUUAUAAUAUUGGCUAGCUAACAAGCUAAGUUAGCUACCCCUACAUCAGCUGUUUGCUGCGGCUACCAAUACGGGUUGAGCAUGAGUGAGGGAGACGUUUUCCAUGAGAAGCAGAGGUUAGAGUUGUGUGCCAUUCAUGCUCUUAACAAUGUACUACAGGAGAGAGUCUUCACCAAGGACACAGCAGAUGACAUCUGUAAGCGCCUUGCGCCACAGUGUGUAGUGAACCCUCACCGUUCAAUGUUGGGCACAGGGAACUAUGAUGUCAAUGUUAUAAUGGCUGCCUUACAGAGCCGGGGACUGGCCGCAGUAUGGUGGGACAAACGCAGGCCAGUGCAGUACCUGUGCGUGGAGAAAGUCCAUGGUUUCAUCCUGAAUGUUCCAUCUCGGGUGUCGCUGGGAAUUGUGUCCCUCCCCCUCCGAAGGAGGCACUGGCUUGCAGUGCGACAGGUCAAUGGACCGUACUACAACCUCGACUCUAAGCUUAAGAAUCCCGCCUGCAUCGGAGGUGAAGCAGAGCUCCGUGCCUUCCUCGGUGAGCAGCUCUCUCAGGAUGUAUCAGAAAUGCUCCUCGUCGUCCAAAGGGAAAUAGAAGAGGAUGGGACUUGGCUGAACCCUGAUGACCCUGACAGAAGGAUCCUUGAUUCAGGUUGUUCCAGACGUGCAAAAUAGCAUUUCUAAAAUCGAAUGGCUUUACAAAGGAACUCUUCUGGAGGGACAACAGGAGUGGGAAAGGACACGUGAAGGCAUGAUUACACAGCAAAACCCCAGAGAACUCGGGGUGGGGCGGCUAGAUCAGGGCUCGAGUACUCCAAUUUUAUGGGCAAUUGAUGUGCGAAAAAAUUAUUUAGGAGCACAUAUACUACUUGGGAUGCAUUAAUGUGCUCCUACAUUUCAGUUUAAAAGAACAUGUGCUCCUUGUUACUGUAGAGCCCUGGGGUAGAUUCAAGUAUGGCGGAUUGGACUGUGGUUUUUGUAUUUUCACUGCAGUUGCAUUAGCGUCUCUUUCACUUUCAGUCUUUCCUUGUAUGCAUCUAUGCAGUGCACUGAUACGGUACACAUGAUGGAUCCUUAACCUUCCUUCCAUCUAUGCACAAAAGAGGUACAAAACAGGCAUCUGGUGCCGCCCGAGUAUAUAAAAAUGCCCGUUAUCUUUCUGUCUGUCCUAUCUCUACUCAUCCAACUAUGCAUAUUGCAACCAACGAGAGUUCUGCCUCUUCCAAACACUUACCAUUACUCAGAGGAAAAAUAAACUGUUAUUUAUAUGA